ACAAAGAGUAAGGACGCCUCUAUUAAUAUAAGCAUGAUGCAACAUCAAUAUUGGGUAACUAAGAAAACUGUACUUAGAAAGCUUGGAACUAAAGAAGACGAGUGUAUUGUUUCAUCCGACGCUGAAUUGGAUGCAAAAUUAGAGUUAUUUCGAUCAAUAUCCGACAGCUGCUUACAAUUGCAACGUAUAUUGGAUCAAUAUCAACAACGUUUAUGUGUUUUGGCACAAGAGGAGAAUACUUUGGGAAAGUUUUUGCGAGAUGCAGGUAAAGGUACAGAUGCUUCGGGGAAGCAUAUGAUAUCAGCCGGAAAAGCUAUAUCGUAUUGUGGACAACAGCGUUUAUCAGUGCGUGGGCCGUUACUGAGGCUGUAUCAUGAAGUGGAGACAUUUAGAGGGCGUGCCGUUAGCGAUAUGCGUGCAACAGUGUCGGCUAUGGAAAAAGCCCGCAUUGAAUACCGUGCUGCGCUUAGUUGGAUGAAAUCAGCAAGUGCCCAGUUAGACCCAGAUACCGGCCGCGGCCUUGACAGUUUCCGUAAAGCACAACGACAAGUUCGUGAGAGCAAAAAAUUGUUUGAUAAGCUUACACUUGAUGUUUUGCAAAAGAUUGACCUCUUGGCUGCAGCUAGAUGUAACAUGUUUUCUCAUGUACUAUCUAACUAUCAAAGUUCAUUCGUGACCUUUGCUACAAAAGUGUCUCAGACACUAGUGGCUACUGCUGACACAAUGAAUGCUGCGCCGCAGUACGAGUUCUGUAUCUUGAAAGAAUUAUCCCAGACUUUAGAAGAAGGUGAAGCGAAGCAAGAAAUUGUGCCUGUGGAUAAAGACCAAAUGUUAUUUUUUAAGGAUGAAUAUAAAGAUGACAAUACAACUGAUAUAAAUGCCAAAGAACACAGAGAAAACAAAACCAACAAUGAAAAUGCACCGUCCAAUGACAGUCCCCCUGAUCCAUCCACAUCAGCUAACCUGAUUGACACCAGUUGUCUCAGCUCUGAACAAGUUGCAGAACCAUCCAUGGUUAAUUCGGAUUUGGCCGGGUUACGAUUGGAUUCUGGUGAUCUCCCAUUGAAUAUGGGAUCAUUUAUGCCAUCGCAGUUGUUACAGGAUUUGAAUACUGACCCUAUGAAUAUGUUCCAAAGCCCAAUAGCACCAUUGAAUAUGAACAUGAAGAAAGUUUCUUCACCUCAAGAGAAUGCUACAAAACCACUCCCGAAGAAAGAGGACAAAGCCGCGUGGUUCAAACUGUUUGCAGAAUUGGACCCUCUGGCAAACCCUGACAGUCUGCUGGGAUCAAACACAAAUCAAAGCCAUGCCGCUUAAUUGGUUCACCAGCUUUUGCUCUCCACUUCUUUUGCACGUUGUGUAACGCAAAUCCAAUGGGUUACCUUAUAUUUCCAGUGGGUCUAACAUGGCAUGCGCGACGCCGUUUAUCGCGCGAUAAAAACGAUGUCGCGCAUGCCAUACUUGCCCCGCUGAUGAUUUGUAAACCAUCAUGUUCUGAUCAUUGUGAUGUGUAUGUGAGAUAUGAUUAUUUGUAUUUAAAGAUUGAACCUUAAAGCUGCAACAAGUGAACUUAUGCUAAAAGCAUUAUCUACCAGACAAUGGCAAAUGUUUUAACAAACAGUCAAACAUAUAAACAAACCCACUUCCAUAAAUAUAAGUUUGAUUUUGAGAUGACUUUGGAUUUCACCUAAGUAUAGUCAUAAUUAUUAUAUUGAGGAAAUGGAAGUUGAGAAUCGUUUAAAUAAGACCAUAAAUUUAUUAUUUACCCACUAUAAUUAAGUUAUUGUUGUUUUAAAAAUUAUUCUUUAAAAGUACUGUAUCGGAAAUAUAUGCCUAAUAAUUUUAUUGCAUUCUAGACUUGUCAUAAACAGCUUUAGGAAUUAGAUUAUAAAUAUUUACGUACUAAAUGUAAAGAAAACCAAAGAUUAAGAGAAAAGAAUGAAUAGGCACUAUUUGAGCUUGCAUGCACCACCUUAGGCCUCAUCUUGAGGCACUACUACCAGGCAGAUAGAGGUCGAGUGCACUCAAAUCUAUUAUAAAAAAAAAAAUGAUAAAAUAUAUUAAUUACGAUAAAAUGUCCCCUAAAAUUCUAGUCAAAAGAUCUGAGUAAAGAAGUACAAAAAUAUUUUUUUUUAUAUGAACUACAUACUUAGUUCUGUCUUAUUAAUAUAUAAAAUGUAUUUGUAGUAUAGUCCUUGUAGUUUCUGUUGUUAAUUUUUGUAUGUUUAUUUCUACAGUGGAAAUUAAUAAAAUAUAUUAAAUGUUUGGUUACUUUUAAGAUUUUAUUGUAUCAUGUUAUUUUAUAAUAUAAAUGUAUAACAUAUACGAGUACAUUCCAUUUUGAAUACUGAUGUAUUGUA